AUGCCACCCACCAACCGGAAAGGAUUGUCAUCCCUGAAGCAACUGAGGGUUCAAUUGGACGACUUGAAAUCCUCGUUCGAUGACAUUUGGUCUUUCAUUCUGAAGUUUUCUGAUGAAACCACCGGUACUCAAGUCGAAGUUCGAUUGGAACGGAUCGCUGAUUUGUGGGAGAGAUUUAGUGAGAAUUUGGUCGAGCUAAAAUCUCAUGAAGACUUCGAAGAUGAGGAGAAUUAUUAUAGUAAGUUACGCAAGCACUUGAGCGAUCGCUAUUAUGAAGCCAAAACCUUCCUGUUGGACAAAAGCAAGGCCCUUCGCGUUUCUUCUGAGUUGGAACAGUCCGCCCAUGAACAAUCAAUGUCAGGUGUUGUCGGUCAUGUCCGGUUACCGCAGAUCAAACUCCAAUCAUUCAACGGGGACAUCAAUGACUGGUUGAGCUUCCGAGACCUGUUUACCUCGCUCAUCCACUGGAGGACUGAUUUACCAGGGGUGGAGAAAUUUCAUUAUUUUAAAGGGUGUCUUCAAGGUGAACCUAAAAGCCUAAUCGAUCCGCAGAAAAUUACCAAGGUGAACUACCAGAUAGCUUGGGAUACUCUGGUAAAGAAGUACAACAACAACAAGCAGUUGAAGAAAAAGCAGGUCCAAUCUUUCUUCAAACUUCUGACCCUCUCCAAGGAAUCUGUUGUUGAGUUACGAAAUCUGGUCGAAGGUUUCGACCGAGUCGUCCAAACACUUGAUCAAAUCGUGGAACCUGCUGAGUACAAGGAUCUCCUAUUGGUGAAUCUGCUCACGAUGCGACUGUAUCCAUCAACUCGUCGAACAUGGGAAGAAUAUUCGGCCAACAAGGAGAUGGAUUUACUGACAGAUCUCACCGAAUUUCUGCGUCAGCGAAUGCAAGUAUCCCUUCCAUCUAGGCAGACGGACAACAAGUUCGUGCAUCAGCAACAACCACCACCGAAGCCGAAAGCUUCAACAAUCAAAGCAAGCUACAAUUCGAUUCAAGUGUCAGGAGGAAGAUGUGUGGCUUGUAAGGAUAACCACCUUCUAUACCAAUGUUCCGCAUUCCAAGGACUUUCUAUGCCGGAUCGGGAUUCUCUACUGAAAUCUCAAGGACUUUGCCGGAAUUGCUUUCGAUUGGGGCAUCGGGCAAAGGAUUGCCAAUCCAAAUUUUCCUGUCGGAUCUGCAAGAACCGUCAUCACACUCUGGUUUGCUCCAAGUCGGAGAAAAAUCACACUGUAACGGUCGCAGCGAUUGCUGGGGGCAACCAUCCUUCGAAUUCCAAGGAAUCCCAUGGCUCCUCAGGUUCCAACUCAAUCCAACUGGCUAACGUGGCAGCCACUGACCUUUCGGUAUGCGGUACGUCUAAUCAACUCACGUUACAAGUCCUUUUAGUGACAGCAGUAGUCAUCGUCGAGCACGACGUUGGUUCAAGGUACCACGCCCGUGCUCUUCUCGAUUCCGGUUCAGAGAGCAACUUCGUAUCGGAACGGUUAACCCAAAGGAUGAAGGUUAUCAGGAAUAAGGUCGACGUCUCGGUCCCUGGUAUACGACAAGGUGCUACCAAGGUCAAACAUACAGUCCAAGCGGUCAUACGUUCGUGA